GAUCGCCCUGAGCUAAACAGCUAGCUUAAAUACCAAAAAUUACCUAUCAACAUUAAAAAUCUUUAUAAAACCACAACAACCCAAAUUAAAACAUUUUACCGCCCAAGUAUGUGAGACAGAAAAGGCACUACAUAAAGCUAUAGAAAAAGUACCGCAAGGGAAUGCUGAAAGAGAAAUGAAACAAAUCAUUAAAGCUCUACAAAGCAGAGAUUAAAUCUCGUACCUUUUGCAUCAUGAUUUAGCUAGCCCUUCUGAGCAAAGAGUACUUUAGUUCAAAACCCCGAAACUACGUGAGCUACCCCGAAACAGCCUAUUAAUUAGGGCCAACCCGUCUCUGUGGCAAAAGAGUGGGAAGAUUUCCGGGUAGAGGUGACAAACCUACCGAACCUAGUUAUAGCUGGUUGCCUAAGAAAUGAAUAGAAGUUCAGCCUCACACUCCUUAACUCAAAAAUAAAUUUAAAAUACACGAGACAAAGAAACAUGUGAGAGUUAGUCAAAGGGGGUACAGCCCCUUUGAAACAGGACACAGCCUCAUCAGGAGGUUAAAGAUUAUAUUAAAUAAGAUAAAACCGCUCUAGUGGGCCUAAAAGCAGCCAUCAAAACAGAAAGCGUUAAAGCUCUGGCGGAAUAAAAAUCCAUUAUCCAAAUAUACUAUCUAAAACCCCUAACUUUAUUAGGCCAUUCCAUGCCUACAUGGAAGAAAUACUGCUAAAAUGAGUAAUAAGAAAGAACCCCUUUCUCCUAGCCUACGUGUAUACUAGAUCGGACUAACCACUAGUAAUUACCGAACCCAAUAAAAGAGGGCAAUGUGAACACCUAAAAUAACAAGAAAACUUCACAUAAAACAAUCGUUAAACCCACACCGGAAGGCCUACAUAGGAAAGACUAAAAGAAAAGGAAGGAACUCGGCAAACACUUAUAAGCCUCGCCUGUUUACCAAAAACAUCGCCUCCUGCAAAAAUCAACGUAUAGGAGGUCUUGCCUGCCCAGUGACAAGUUAAACGGCCGCGGUAUUUUGACCGUGCGAAGGUAGCGCAAUCACUUGUCUUUUAAAUGAAGACCUGUAUGAAUGGUGGAACGAGGGCUUAACUGUCUCCCCUUUCAAGUCAAUGAAAUUGAUCUGCCCGUGCAGAAGCGGGCAUAAAACUACAAGACGAGAAGACCCUUUGGAGCUUAAGACUUAAGAUCAACUAUGUCAAGAACCUAAACAAGAUUAAACUAAAUAGCAAUUGAUCCCUGUCUUCGGUUGGGGCGACCGCGGGAGAAAACAAAGCUCCCACGCGGACCGGGAUUAUAUCCUAAAACUAAGAGAGACACCUCUAAGGCACAGAACUUCUGACCACAAAGAUCCGGCUCUUAUGCCGAUCAACGGACCAAGUUACCCUAGGGAUAACAGCGCAAUCCCCUUUAAGAGUCCAUAUCGACAAGGGGGUUUACGACCUCGAUGUUGGAUCAGGACAUCCUAAUGGUGCAGCCGCUAUUAAGGGUUCGUUUGUUCAACGAUUAAAGUCCUACGUGAUCUGAGUUCAGACCGGAGCAAUCCAGGUCAGUUUCUAUCUGUAAUGCCACUUUUCCUAGUACGAAAGGACCGGAAAAAGGGGGCCCAUAUUAUUAAUACGCCCCACCCCUAUUUAAUGCAAUCAACUAAAUUAAAUAAUGAGAGGGCAUAACCCUAUAAUCGAGAUAAGAUUAUUAAGAUGGCAGAGCCCGGUAAUUGCAAAAGGCCUAAGCCCUUUCCCCCGGAGGUUCAAAUCCUCCUCUUAAUUAUGAUAGCACUUCUAAUUACAUACCUAAUUAAUCCUCUAGCCUAUAUCGUGCCCGUACUAUUAGCAGUCGCCUUCCUAACCCUAAUUGAACGCAAAGUACUAGGAUAUAUGCAACUACGUAAGGGCCCAAACGUAGUAGGACCCUACGGACUCCUACAACCAAUCGCAGACGGUGUCAAGCUAUUUAUUAAAGAGCCCCUACGCCCUUCAACAUCCUCCCCUUUUCUAUUCCUAGCAACCCCCAUAUUAGCUCUUACCCUAGCCCUUACUUUAUGAGCACCAAUACCCAUACCACAUUCAAUAACAGACCUAAAUCUAGGCAUAUUAUUUAUCUUAGCCCUUUCAAGCUUAGCAGUUUACUCUAUUCUAGGUUCAGGAUGGGCCUCUAAUUCAAAAUAUGCCUUAAUCGGGGCCCUACGAGCAGUUGCCCAAACCAUUUCCUAUGAAGUUAGUUUAGGAUUAAUUCUGCUAUCUAUUAUUAUCUUUACAGGAGGUUUCACCCUACAAAUAUUUAAUACAACCCAAGAAGCAGUAUGACUGCUUAUCCCAGCAUGACCCCUAGCUGCCAUAUGAUACAUUUCUACCCUAGCAGAAACAAACCGAGCCCCCUUCGACCUUACAGAAGGAGAAUCAGAACUCGUCUCUGGUUUCAAUGUAGAAUAUGCCGGAGGACCCUUCGCCCUAUUUUUCCUGGCCGAAUACGCCAACAUCCUCUUAAUAAACACCCUUUCAGCCAUUCUAUUCCUAGGUACAACCCACAAUAUUAUCAUACCAGAAAUCACCUCAAUCAACAUUAUAACUAAAGCUGCCCUCCUCUCCAUAUUAUUUUUAUGAGUACGUGCCUCCUACCCCCGAUUCCGAUACGACCAACUAAUACACUUAGUAUGAAAAAACUUCCUACCUCUCACACUAGCCCUAAUUCUAUGACACAUUGCCCUGCCUAUUGCACUAACAGGCCUACCACCCCAACUAUAGUCU